AGGCCUGCGCAGUUGCGGCGGCCGGGGAAGAUGGUGGAGGACGCGGCGGAGGAGCUGGAGGAUCUGGUGCAUUCUUCUGUGUCGGAGUUGCCUAGUCGCGGCUACGGCGAUGAGGAGAUCCGGCGGCAAGGCAAGCUGUGCGACGUAACGCUCAAGAUCGGGGACCACAAAUUCAGUGCUCACCGGAUCGUCUUAGCAGCCUCCAUCCCAUACUUCCAUGCUAUGUUUACAAAUGACAUGAUGGAGUGCAAGCAGGAUGAGAUUGUAAUGCAAGGAAUGGACCCAAGUGCACUGGAGGCUCUGAUCAACUUUGCUUACAACGGCAACCUUGCCAUUGACCAGCAAAAUGUCCAGUCACUGCUGAUGGGGGCGAGCUUCCUGCAGCUACAGAGCAUCAAAGAUGCCUGUUGCACCUUCCUCCGAGAACGGCUUCACCCAAAAAAUUGCCUGGGUGUGCGCCAGUUUGCUGAGACAAUGAUGUGUGCUGUGCUAUAUGACGCGGCUAACAGCUUCAUCCACCAGCACUUUGUGGAGGUGUCCAUGUCAGAAGAGUUCCUGGUCCUGCCCUUGGAAGAUGUGCUUGAGCUGGUGUCUCGGGAUGAACUGAAUGUGAAGUCAGAGGAGCAGGUCUUUGAAGCUGCAUUGGCCUGGGUCAGAUAUGACCAGGAACAAAGGGGACCCUACCUGCCUGAGCUGCUGUCCAAUAUCCGCCUGCCCCUCUGUCGGCCCCAGUUCCUGUCAGAUCGAGUGCAGCAAGAUGACCUUGUGCGUUGCUGUCACAAGUGCAGGGACCUGGUAGAUGAAGCGAAGGACUAUCAUCUCAUGCCAGAGCGCCGGCCCCACCUGCCAGCUUUCAGAACCCGGCCUCGCUGCUGCACAUCCAUCGCUGGACUUAUCUACGCUGUGGGGGGCCUCAACUCAGCAGGUGAUUCCCUGAAUGUGGUGGAAGUGUUUGACCCCAUUGCCAAUCGCUGGGAGAAGUGCCAUCCCAUGACAACAGCCCGAAGCCGUGUGGGCGUGGCUGUGGUAAACGGGCUUCUCUAUGCUAUCGGGGGAUAUGACGGCCAACUGCGACUGAGCACUGUGGAGGCCUACAACCCGGAGACGGACACAUGGACCAGAGUGGGGAGCAUGAACAGCAAGAGAAGUGCCAUGGGGACAGUUGUGCUGGAUGGGCAGAUCUACGUCUGUGGAGGCUAUGAUGGCAACUCUUCACUCAACUCUGUGGAGACCUACUCACCUGAGACAGACAAGUGGACAGUGGUGACUCCGAUGAGCUCAAACCGCAGUGCUGCUGGGGUUACAAUCUUUGAGGGCAGGAUAUAUGUGUCAGGUGGCCACGACGGUUUGCAGAUCUUCAACAGUGUGGAGCACUACAACCAUCACACAGCUACCUGGCACCCAGCUGCUGGCAUGCUCAACAAGCGCUGCCGGCAUGGUGCUGCCUCCUUGGGAAGUAAGAUGUUUGUCUGUGGAGGCUACGAUGGCUCUGGCUUUCUCAGCAUUGCUGAGAUGUACAGCUCUGUGGCAGACCAGUGGUGCCUAAUAGUACCUAUGCUCACUCGCCGGAGUCGGGUCUCCCUUGUGGCCAGCUGUGGGCGCCUCUAUGCAGUAGGGGGCUAUGAUGGACAGUCCAACCUAAGCUCAGUGGAAAUGUAUGACCCAGAGAUGGACCGCUGGACGUUUAUGGCACCCAUGGCAUGCCAUGAGGGAGGGGUUGGUGUGGGCUGCAUCCCUCUUCUCACCAUCUAAGACAGGGUGGGAUGUGGUUGGGUAAGGGAUCUGGUACAAACGUAGGCACUUCCUUCCAGGGAGCAAUCCCUCUCAGGAGAGGUGGUGGACCACUGAAGAUGGGGUGAAAUGUGAGCUUGCUGGAGGUACAGUUUUUCCAGGUGCUUAAGUCCUCCUUCACUGUGUUGCCCUGGUGACCUUAGGUCAUCAAGAUGCACAGCACAGGACAGAAGCCCCUCUGGUUCCACAGCCAGUGACACAGAGCUGCUUUGCUGGUCCACAUGUCCACAGGCUCCCUCCAAGCUCAGCUCUCACCUGCUGCAGCGCUCUGAUCUACCCAUUUGCAGAAUGCCUUCCAUCUGAUGCUCCUCUUUGCCUGUCUGUUCAUGACUACAGCCAUGUUGUAGUCAAUUUGCCAUUGGGAGGCUGCAGAGGCCAUGCCUAUUGAAAACUGGGGUAUAGCUGGGGGGGAAAGGACACCCCAAGUGCUAUUACUGCCUGUGGUAGUGUGGCUACAGCAGCAUGCUGGUGGCACACAGCCUGCUCAUUCUUCCAUCACAGGGUACAGAGGAUUUUGUCCUUGUCUCCAAAUAAGCAGGGAGAACAGAAGUCUUUCCUAUGUCUGAUUUUGGGAUUUAAGUGAGGCCUUUUGCAUCUUGUCCAGGAGUAAUGGGAGAAACAAAGAUACUUGAAAGAAACUAAGGAAAUUUUAACACUUGAAAGAAACUGGAAAAAAAUGCUUUUUUAAGUGAACAUUUUUUAUAGGAAGAAAACAUAAAAGACACUAAAAGCAAAUACAAGUUUAAAUGGAACACCGCCCAACAUGAGAAUGGUGGUAUCCACUCCCGCUUUUGGAUCCCAGGGUCCUGAGGCCUCAUAAAGCAGUUGGGGUUCCCUCUGAGCCCCAGCAUGUCUGGAAUCAGUGGAUUUUCAACUGGUCCUGUAGCAAGGUGCUCAUGGGGUUUUUCUUCACACCCAACAUCAGAGGACUUUUUAAAUUGUAGGCUUAAUGAGUUGGCUGAAUUACUGCCACUCUUCUAGGUGGGAGCUCCCACUGUCACUAGAGGCUCCAGAUACCCCUGUGAUUACCUCCUUCUGCCACCACGGCGCUCAUUCAGGACCCCACUCCCACAUACAUUCCUUUUUUUGACCAGCAGGAAACAGCAUGUCUGGCCAGAUUCUCACUUGCCCACCUAUCAUCCUUAGAUAAUUCUCCUCGUGUUGCUUCUGGGGCACAUUGAUCAUUUGUACCUCUAGAAUCUAACCAGGGGCUUGCUCCUACCAGCCAUGGGCUAACUUGGUAUGGUAACCAGGUCUGCCCUGCCAUUCCACUGCUCCUCCAUCCACUUGCCAAUUCCAGGGGUCUGGCUUCCCUCCAGCCCUUGCCAGACUGACCAGCAAGGUGGACCUUUACAUUCAAGCAAAGCUGGCUUUAUGACACAAAGAACUAAAGUCUGAAAGAAACUUUUGCUGCUGCGAAGAACAGAUUUUAUACUUCUUCCUCUAAUCUUGGCAGAUGACCUUGUGAAGAGUCUCCAUGCUCCUUCCUCCUCUCUGGAUGGGACCUUAAUGUAGCACAGCAGGACCCAAAAAGGAGGACCAGUGCACUGGGCAGUGGGGCUGUCCUUCAACUGCUGCCGCCAAAAUCUGGUUUUCUAAAAUUCUUCCAUAGAGACUAAAAGAAGAUGCAAUUCCUUUUAGCCUAAGACUGUGUCUUAGGGUGCCACUCUCCACCUGGUUGAUUUCUUGUCCCUUGCUGCCUGCCUGGAGUAGCCUGGAAACCUGUUCAGAAAGGCACAAUGUAGAGCCCCGGGUAUCCCCCACCCUAGGACUGUCAGGUUUACCAGUGUGUGCAAUCGCCAUGUAUUCAGAGGGAAGGCCCUUUGUUACCUACAACUUAGGAACUGGGCCUCUGCUAUAAGCACUUGAAAAUUAUGUUUUUAUUUUUAAAAGACUCAACAAUCUGAUAACUGAUAUAGUUUAGCCUGGGUUCCUGGUGGAGCUCCAGCAUUUCUCACUCCCCUUCAGUUACCUACAGAGGUAGACUGAAGGAGAUUGCCGGGGCGGGGGGGUUCUUAUUUCCUGUUAAGAGGAAUAUAUCAGUGCUCGUCUUAUUAUUAUGAGCCCCUUUCUUUUGUGAAUUUAAAGCAGCACUGACGAGCCUGAAUUGUGAAGCCUGGAUCAGUCAGUGGGCUUACUGAGUGGGCCUCCUAGGUCCUUAGGAUGCCAGCCAGGUUUCACCAUUGAGAAUGAUAGAUCAUUUUCCCAUGGUCUGCUGCUCUUGUAGUGGCAUUCCUGAGUCCACUUGGAUCAGUCAGUGGGCUUACUGAGUGGGCCUCCUAGGUCCUUAGGAUGCCAGCCAGGUUUCACCAUUGAGAAUGAUAGAUCAUUUUCCCAUGGUCUGCUGCUCUUGUAGUGGCAUUCCUGAGUCCACUACCACCUAUACUGUGCACCUGAGGCUUUUUCCAAGUAAGAUCAAGCCAGUGUUUUAAUCUGGGCUCUGAGCACAAUUGAAUAAACACCAAUAUUUUCACACUCACCUACUCAGUUCCUCAGUCUGAGGACAAAUGGCUGGUCUAGCUCUUCAGUGCUGGAGCCUUUCCAAUAUUACCAUGACAAGAAGUGGAAUUACCAAAGUAUAUUGUGGAAAGGAUAUAACAAGGAUAGACAUUGUGCUUGGUAGGCUUUGGGAUCUAGCCCAGCUCAGAGCAGAGGACAGUGUUGUUCACUGUUCUUGGGCGUUUCACCUUCUUGGAUGACACAGAGCCUUCCCUUCUGGGUUUCACCUGAGAUCAUGACCAGAUGGAAAGCUGAAGACCAGCCUUUUGACUUGACCACAGAUCAAUUAAGUAGAAAUUCUGUCUUCCCCAUACACAAUUUACUGUUUCACAGAAAAUCUUUUAUUUAUAGAACGCAUGUCUUUUGUGUUAAGAAACCAAAGAGAAAUAAAGAGAACACUCCUAAUACU